UUGCCUUUUGAAAACGAGAGCAGCCACGUGGUUAGAGCUGGUGUCACCCAUGAUGACCACACAGCCGGGGCGGUGCGGAGGUGCUUUCUCCUCUGGAGGAAAAGGCCUGACUACUUCCUGAAGCUGCUCUGGGCCAGGGAAAGCAGCAUGGAAGAAGGAGUGAUUUACCCUCUGUCAGACUCCCCCACUGUGAAGAUGUCCCAGUCAUCCCCAGCUGAUGAAGGCACCACGUUUGAGCACCUCUGGAGCACACUGGAGCCAGACAGCACCUACUUCGACCUCCCUCCAGCCAACCCCACCGGCAGCAAUGAGGUCUCCAACCGCACAGAGGUCACAAUGGAUGUGUUCCAGAUGAGAGGCAUGACCGACUCAGUGAUGUCCCAGUUCAAUUUGCUGAACAACAGCAUGGAUCAGAGCAUCGGCAGCAGAGCAGCCUCCACCAGCCCCUACAGCUCCGAGCACACCUCCAAUGUCCCAACGCAUUCUCCCUACUCGCAGCCCAGCUCUACCUUCGACGCCAUGUCCCCGGCUCCCGUCAUCCCCUCCAACACCGACUACCCUGGUCCCCACCACUUCGAGGUGACCUUCCAGCAAUCCAGCACCGCCAAGUCAGCCACCUGGACAUACUCCCCGCUGCUGAAGAAGCUCUACUGUCAGAUUGCCAAGACAUGCCCCAUCCAGAUCAAGGUGUCCACCUCGCCGCCCCCAGGCACCAUCAUCCGGGCCAUGCCUGUCUACAAGAAGGCAGAACACGUCACCGAGGUGGUGAAGCGCUGCCCCAACCAUGAGCUCGGCCGCGACUUCAAUGACGGCCAGUCAGCCCCUGCCAGCCACCUCAUCCGGGUGGAAGGCAACAACCUGUCCCAGUACGUGGAUGACCCGGUGACGGGGCGGCAGAGCGUGAUGGUGCCCUAUGAGCCACCACAGGUGGGGACCGAGUUCACCACCAUCCUGUACAACUUCAUGUGCAACAGCAGCUGCGUGGGAGGGAUGAACAGGAGGCCCAUCCUCAUCAUCAUCACCCUGGAGACGAGAGAUGGCCAGGUCCUGGGGAGGAGAUCCUUCGAGGGGCGGAUCUGUGCCUGUCCCGGCAGGGACAGGAAAGCUGACGAGGAUCAUUUCCGAGAGCAGCAAGCCCUGAACGAGAGCGCGGCCAAGAACGGCAAUGCCAACAAGCGCACCUUCAAGCAGAGCCCCCAGGGCAUCCCAGCGCUGGGCACUGGCAUUAAGAAACGGAGGCACGGGGAGGAGGAGAUGUACUACGUGCCUGUUCGAGGCCGGGAGAACUUUGAGAUCCUGAUGAAGAUAAAGGAGAGCCUGGAGCUGGUGGAGCUGGUCCCACAGCAGCUGGUGGAUUCCUACCGGCAGCAGCAGCAGCAGCUCCUGCAGAGGCAGAGCCAGCUGCAGACACCAUCCUCCUACGGCCCCGUCCUUUCCCCCAUGAAUAAAGUCCACGGUGGAGGAAUCAACAAGCUGCCCUCUGUGAACCAACUGGUGGGGCAGCCUGCCCAGCACAGCUCCAGUUCUGCACCCAGCCUGGGCCCCAUGGGACCUGGAAUGCUGAACAGCCACCCCAUGCAGACCAAUGGAGAAAUGAACGGGGGCCACUCAUCCCAGUCCAUGGUGUCCGGCUCACACUGCACCCCCCCACCACCCUACAACCCCGACCCCAGCCUUGUCAGUUUUUUAACAGGAUUGGGGUGUCCAAACUGCAUCGACUAUUUCACCUCACAAGGGUUACAGAAUAUUUACCACCUGCAGAACCUAUCCAUAGAGGAUCUCGGAGCACUGAAGAUCCCGGAGCAGUACCGGAUGAUCAUCUGGCGGGGUCUGCAGGAGCUCAAGCAGAGCCACGACUACGGGGCCCAGCAGCUGAUCCGCUCCAGCAGCAAUGCCUCCACCAUCUCCAUCGGCAGCUCGGGAGAGCUGCAGCGGCAGCGGGUGAUGGAGGCCGUGCAUUUCCGCGUGCGCCACACCAUCACCAUCCCCAACCGCGGCGCGGCCGACGACUGGGCCGACUUCGGCUUCGACCUCCCGGACUGCAAAUCCCGCAAACAGUCCAUAAAGGAGGAGUUCACGGAGGGAGAGAUCAACUGAGGGGCUCCAGAGGUGGCAGCGAGACACCGCUGGGGUGACAAACCGCGCCCCCCUGAAAUGUAUUUGCAGCCUUGGGCACCUGGAGAAGUUUAAUUUUGUUAUCCAGGGGAACUGCAGGCCCUGAGCCAGGCAGGAGGUGCCUGCCCUGGGGAGGAAACUGGAGGUGAGGAGGAGGACGAAGAAAAGGAGGAGGGCAGCUGAGCCUGCUCAGCAGCCGGAGCAGGAUUUCUGCCUGCCCGUGGCACAGGAGGCACUGUCUGGUUUGUGUUUUCCUGGAGCAUCCCUGCAUCCAGCUGUGUAAGGACAGCAUGUUUUUCUCAUCCCUGCUCAUUGUCCAUGUUCUCUGUGGUGUCCCAAGCUGAGAGGGCUUUGUCACUGCAACACGGACUCAGCCCUGACCUGUGCAGGCAUUGCCAGGGACUGGUGUGAAGCCACAUCCUGCUUUUCCAUGGACUGCCAAACGCAUCCCUUCCCUCAGCCCUCUGUAGAGCCAGAAAGGCCCUGUUUGUCCAUUACCAAUGUGUUCUUGUACUUAAAGGUUGGUGUAUAUAAACAGAAUGUACAUACAGUAAGCUCAUUGUGCUGUAAGGAGAAAGAUUUAUUUUCAUGUAAGCUAUAAAAAUUGAUACUGACUCCUGAGAUACUGCAGUGUCAACUAAAUUAAUUUCAUGUUGUAGCAUGUAAACAUGCAGAGAAGCCUG